UAUUCAACCGUUGCCCCUCUCAGUUGUUCGGUCGACGUCGAACCAUAUGAUCGCUUCAUUACAACGCCUGCUACACCUAGAUUUCACGUGACUCGCGUAUCCAGUCCUCCGGUUCUCCAGCUCACCAUGGGCCUAACAUCCCAACUCUUCCUGCUGCUGACAGUGGGCCUCUUCACCGCCAAUGCCAGUGAAUUGGUCCCCGUGUAUAUGUGGCAAACGAUUCCUACCAAAGGACUCUUCCCAGCCGUUACACAUGUCAGCCAGGAGACAUUCAAAGAGAUCCUUCUCCAGAAGCAAGCACACCAACACAGUGAAAGAAUGAUCAUCUUUGCUGAGCAGAGCCUCAGUCCUGAAGACUUCUCUGCCAAAACUUUCUAUGAACUGAGCCAACUCUCAGACCAUACUAGAGUGACAUAUCUGCCCACUGUCUCCACACCCAUGGAAGUGAUCCAAUCCUUUGGUUCUGACAUCCCCAGUGUGUCUGUGGAUGAUAUCAUCAAGGAUCCCAAGUUAUUGGAGAGGAAGCAGUUGAUCAUUGACCUGAAUGAUGCCAAGGAUGAUGAGGAUAGAGUGGAUAUGCUCAAGAGGCACUCUAAAUUCAUUGCUGAGGUUUAUGAGAAGGUCUCAGCUAGUAGCAGGGAUAACGUCCUGGCUAUCUACACUGGUCGUCACUCCUCCUGGAUUGUCCCUGGGGAUAUUGUCAAGCACAGGCAAACUCGUGAGGUUAAGGCAGUUGAAGGAGUAACCAAACUUCCUCAUUUCUUAGUUUACCUAAAUGGCUCUUUCUUCCACACUGCCAAAGAUGGCACUAGUAUAAAGGAAUUGAAGAGCCUUGUACCAAAGGAGACGGGAUUUGAUGAUAAAACUGGCUUGGGAAUUUUAACCAUUUCUACCGACGGUGGCGACAUUACCUUGAACUACAUCAGAACUGUUGAUGGCUACUGGAUAGUCUAUAACGUCACCUACGGAGGCGCUACAUUCACCACCGAUAUGCACAAUCCGCUGGGAUUCUCUUCCAGUUGCAGUAGCAACUUGACACUUCGUGAGACUUCCACUGGCAAAACGGAUUUCAAGCCGCAAUUCCUGCAAUUCCCUACCUUCCAGCUGCAGUUCUUCAACAACGGCACCAAUGAAAAGACGGUUGGCUUCGAUGACUCCUACGACUGCGUGGGUUUCACAUCGCCAGCCAUCUGGUCCGGCCUCUUUGUCACUGUCAUCCUGGCUAUCAUCAUUUCCAUUGGCAUUGCGAUGAUCAUGGAUAUUAAGACCAUGGACCGCUUUGACGAUCCGAAGGGCAAGACGAUCAUCAUCAACGCCGUCGACUAAACUCUACAUAUCGGUCUAAGCGCACACAUUCACUUCUGUAGCGACAUUGUGAUAUGCGUCAAAAGUUUACAAACCCCCCACACACACACACAAACACACACAUUUUACAAACAGAAACCGAGAAAUUUGUAAGAAACUAGUAUACACCGUUUGUAAAAUGUAUGACAAUAGGAUUUUUAUCGUUGUUGAAUUUAUGGAUUUAUACAGAUUUGUAGGAACUGUUACUUUACCAAUGUUUGUCAGAGGCGCAGCAGUGAAACGACAUAUCAAGUCAUGAGUUCACUUUUUGUAAAAUGUAAAAAUCAAUUGUUAUGCAGGCCAUCAUGUACCAGGUGGCAAGUAGAUUUCUAGACGAAUCAGGGUGUCAAAGCGUUGCGUUUACCGUUUGCGAACGAUUCGAUAUAUUGUUGAAAUGUGAACAUACAUAUAAUUAGUUCUUCCGUGCGGCGGCGGCAAGUAUUGCCAAAUUAAUAUUUAGAGAUCCCACUAGACUACUAGCACUAGUGUUGAAGAAGACCUAAUAGAGCUCUUAAGUUAA